AUGACUUCUAAAAGCAGUGCUAACGGAACGCAAAUAUUACCGGAGCCUGUUUCCGAACAUGCAGCAGUGCCGCCACCCCCACCCACGGCGGCGGGAAGACCCAGACCCCCAACAUCACAACUUUUUUCACGCGGCAAUCUGGUUAGUAGUCGGGCUACAGGAGGUGAUAAAUCAGGUCUUGCAAGACCGUCAACAGCCGUUCGGGCUGUGGGCUACGCGGCUAAUUGCGGGUCUGCUCAUCAAAGGUUCGAACAAUUUUUCCUGGAGAAGGCGAAGCAACAAACACUCUCGUCAGCAAACGCUGGGGAUGCCAUUAAGGAAGUAAACCCCCAAAUGAAGUAUAAGAAUCUGGAGGGAAAAAUUGUGAAGCUUUUGGAGUCGUCAAUAGUUUUGGCCUGGCAUAGCUCCCCCAAUCAAUUAUUGAACUUGGAUGCGAAAUUGGCCGAGGCAUUGAAUAAAGCCAAAGAAUCAUUCUCAUUAGAUCGAACAUUACACCAAUUUCGAGACCAGCAUGGUGAAAAUGUUUACCACAACUUUGAUUUGACAUAUGCGGUUUUUUUUAAUCUCGCGGAGCAAUACGAACGCAAUGAGAUGCACAUCGAGGCCCUUAAUACCUACAGCAUUAUGACCAAGAACAAGAUGUUUCCACACGUCAAUCAGCUAAAACUAAAUAUGGGUAACAUCUACUACAGCAUGGGUAUUUUCCAAAAGGCGGUUAAAAUGUACCGCAUGGCCCUUGAUUCGGUACCAAAGAACUUAAGUCAGUUGAGACUUAAGAUCCGUGAAAACAUUGGAAUCCUCUUUAUCCGCAUGGGCUCCUAUUCCGAUGCUGCUACUAGCUUUGAAUUUAUAAUGUCGGAGCGGGCAAGCAUUAGGUGUAGCAUUCACCUCUUACUCUGCUACUUUGCCUUGGGCGAUGUGGAGAAGGUAAAGUUGGCCUUUCGAAGACUUUGUGAUGUCCAAACCGAAGCAACGGAAUCGGAUAUGGAGAGUGAGACGAAUAUCAUUAAACUGCAACAGCAAUCUGAACCGGUUCAACAAACUGGCAAAACUGACAUGCACCAGUCUUCAGACAACGAAGAAGUCAGAGGCGUUGUUAUUAAGGAAGAAGGUGACGGUUCUUACGAGAAAUUAAACGAGGCCGUAAAUUUUGUAACAAGAGAAAAACAUCGUUAUGUUGUCCAAGCUCUUAAGAAAGACGAGCUUGCCAUAUAUACCAAUGAACGCCGGAAUACCGUUAAAAAAUCUAUUACAAUGAUUGUGGAUUUAAUAUCACCUUUUAUCGAAGAUAACUAUAAUGAUGGAUAUAAUUGGUGCAUUGAGAUCAUCAAAACUUCAAAUCUAGCAUGGCUGGCCAACGAACUUGAACUCAACAAAGCAUUAGUAUAUCUCCGACAAAAUGACGUUAAUCAAGCAAUUAUAACGUUACAAAUGUAUGAUCGCAAGAGCGAGGGAUCCAUGACGGCCAGCGCUCUGACCAACUUGAGUUUUAUUUAUAUAAGUUUAAGCAACCUAGAAAUGGCCUACCAUUGCGUUAACCAGUUACAAGAAAUCGGAUCGCUAAAAAACAAUGCGCCAGGAUUGAUUAACGCCGGCAUAGUGGAAUUGCGCUCGCACAAACUAAUAUUAGCUCGCGAACGGUUCGAGCGAGCUCUGCAACUUCAGCCGACAAACUUUGAAGCCAUGUACAAUCUCGGCUUAGUGGCCUUGGCGCAGAAUGAUUUUGAACUAGCGGAAGAGCGUUUCGAGAUGCUUAAGGCCCAACUGAUGAUGCCCAGCUCAGUUCAGCACAGUCAUGUAUUUUAUCAGCUUGCCAAGCUGCAGGAACGCAGGUUGGAAAACGGAAGCAAAUCUAACUUAACGCCGGGGGCGGCACUUCAGGCGUAUCUCCAGGUAGUUGGCAUCUCUGCCUCUGACAUCGAUUCAAGGCUGUUUGAAAAGGUCGGCUCGCUUUACGAGCAGAUUCAAGACCACCAAGAAGCAAAUCAGUACUAUAACGAGGCGUACCGCAUAAACAUGAGCGACAUCGCCAUCGCAAGCUCAAUCGGUUCAUAUUAUAUCAAGCUUCAGGCCACGGAAAGGGCGCUUUAUUAUUAUGAAAGAGCAGUCCUAGCCGAUCCUAAUGACCCCAACCUAAUGCUGCGUAUUGCCAGCUGCUUUCGCAACUCGUAUCUGCCUCCCAAACAGUACCUGGGUCUUUUUCAAAAGAUACACGUCCGAUUUCCGGACAACCUAACUUGCAUAAGGGCUCUUAUGCAAGUUACCAAGUCGCUGGGAUUGGGGGACCUGCUCGAGAGGUACGCAUCGGAAUACACCCGUCUGCAAAGUCUGCAGCAGGAACGUCAGAUAGAGCAGCGAUACCAGCAGCAGCGCUUCUCUUCAGCAGCCAAGUCUAUUAACCAAUUGCGAACUAUCAGGCAGUCAAAUGAGGAUCACUUGAAGGAUAGCAGUGAGACAUUUAACAGCUUCACGUAUACACAGAGUACCUCCACAUUCUCCGUACUGCAGUUUGAUCCGUUGGGACCUCCCGCAGAACGUCCGAAAACUGGCCGAUCACUGCAAUGCAGAGACGAUGUAGAUGACGACGCGGAAAUAAAUGCCGAAAGCUUAUUGCCUCUUUAAA